UCUGGAGCUUAGUCCAGCUUUGCGACUGCAGCGGAGGAGAUCUCCAUCAGAAUGGCACGGCGAUCGCAGAUCUGGUUGCUCGGGCUGUAUUUCCUACUGGCACCUCCGUUGAUCCUGGCCAUCCGUUCCUCCCAGUCGCUGGCUCUCCUGCGAGCCCGGGAUCAGUGCGGCAGGGAGCUAACCGCCGGCCAGCGCCUCCUCCUGGACAGGAUGCAGUUCGAGGACGCUCCACAUGUGCGCCACUACCUCCAUUGCUUUUGGUCGCGUCUGCAGCUCUGGCAGGAUGCCUCCGGAUUCCAGGCCCAGCGCAUCGUCCAGAGUUUCGGGGGCGAGAGACGCCUCAAUGUGGAGCAGGCGCUGCCCGCCAUCAACGGGUGCAAUGCGAAGACGCGGUUCCGAGGUUCUGGAUCUGGAAUGGGUUCAGUGGUGGACUGGUGUUUCCGGGCCUUUGUCUGUGUGCUGGCCACGCCAGUGGGGGAGUGGUAUAAGCGGCACAUGUCCGACGUCAUCAAUGGAAAUGCCUAAAGGUAUCCAUGCCCAAUCAGUAGAUAGAAUAUAAAAUACAAAGUUUAUUGUAGAGCAAAGAAAACUUUGAGAGGCCUUGGAAAUAUUUCCUCAUAAAGAACUGGGACUAAAUUCGUUAACAAAAAAUAAAACCGCGAAUUCUUCAGAUCAAGAGGAACUUAUAUGGACCAUUUCAACAUAUUUGUUUGUAAAGCAUGUCUUAACCAUGGCUACAUACAUAUAACAAAAUUAACGCGAAUUCCUCAGAGCAAGAGCCAAUAUCAUUUUUGAUAGUCUCCAUUAUAGAGCAAUUGAUAAAAUAAGUCAGUUAAUUCUUAGGAAGCAGAGGAAAUACUUUUAAAGAUAUCAUAUAAAUAAAUAUGUUAUUACAUUAAAUUUUCAAA